AUGCCUGCUGUCAACGUCACCCUCAAGUCUGGUGCUUCCCCUGAGGAGCUCGACAAGGCCAAGCAGAAGGUUCAGGACCAGGGAGGCAAGAUCACAAACGAAUUCACCCUCAUCAAGGGCUUCACUGCCGAGUUCCCCGAGGACAAGGUCGGUGCCCUUGAGACGAACGAGCACCUCACCGUAGAGGCGGACUCGGAGGUCAAGACCCAGUAG